CACGCCGCCGCCGCGCGAGCCGAGCUUCUCCUGUUCGCGUCUCCCGCCAGCGCGAGAGGAAACAUGGCCAGCGUUCAGCCCAAGGAGCAGCUCGUCCUAGAUGGCGCCCACGAGCAAGGAUUCAUCGCCUUUUAUAAGGGUCUUCCGGAGAAACCAAACACCACUGUUCGCCUGUUUGACCGUGGGGAGUACUACACAGUCCACGGCCAAGAUGCAGUGCUGGCAGCAAGGGAGCUAUUCCGCACUAAUUCUGUCAUCAAGCACCUGGGUGGAGGAAGUAACAAAUUAGAGUCGGUUGUUUUAAGUCGCCUGAAUUUUGAAUCUUUUGUUCGUGAUCUCCUCCUGUUGAAGCAUUAUAGAGUGGAACUCUAUAAGCAGAAGUCCUCAAGCAAGAAUGACUGGGAAGCUGAAUAUAAGGCAUCUCCAGGAAAUCUUUCACAGUUUGAGGAGAUUCUGUUUGGUGCAAAUAAUGAACUCACAGUCACAACAGGUGUCAUUGGAGUCAAAUUAGCAAGUGAAGGUGGCCAUAGGGUUGUGGGUGUUGGUUACAUUGAUGCCAAUGGACGCCAGAUGAGUGUUGCAGAGUUCAAUGAUAAUGAUACAUUCAGCAACCUGGAAGCCCUUGUGGUUCAGCUUAGCCCAAGAGAAUGUCUUAUCCCCUCUGGUGAUCUGGGACCUGAUGGAGCCAAACUAAAACAGGUGUUAUCUCGCAGCCAACUCCUUGUUUCUGAAAGAAAAAGAACAGAAUUCACCAAUAAGGAUGCAAGUCAAGACCUUAGUCGGCUUCUGCGCACUAAGGGAGAUGCAUCUGCUGUUGCUGCAAGACCAGAAAUGGACCGCACAAAUGCCAUAUGUGCACUAGCAGCUGUCAUAAAAUAUUUAGAGCUUCUGGGCGAUGAUAGUAACUUUGCCCAGUAUACUCUUUCUAUGUAUGACCUCAGUCAGUACAUGCGUCUUGACAGUGCAGCUGUUAGGGCAUUGCAUGUAGAGCCUAUCAGUGGUAGUGUUGAGUCUUCUGGCGGUGUGUCUAAGACUCAUACUCUCCUUGGGCUCUUAGACAAGUGCAGAACUCCACUUGGACAUCGUUUACUGGCACAGUGGCUUAGACAGCCUUUAGUUGACAUUAAUAAAAUUGAAGAGAGAUUAGAUUUAGUGGAAGCCAUGGUAUGCACUGUAGAGAUGCGUCACAGUCUUGGUGAGGAACACUUGCGUCGUGUGCCUGACCUGAACCGCAUGGCUCGCAAGCUAAGUCGAAAGGCAGCCACUUUACAAGACUGUUACAGACUCUACCAGUGCAUUGAGAGGCUACCAUACCUGUGUGAAGCAAUAGCCAAGUAUGAUGGACCACACACAGCUUCACUAGCAGCAGUCUUCACAACUCCUCUUCAGGAGUUAAUAACAGACUUAGCAAAGUAUCAGGAGAUGAUAGAAACCACUGUUGACAUGGAACAAGCCAAUCAAGGAGAAUAUGUUAUCAAACCUGACUUUGAUGAGACAUUAGCAGAAUUAAGAGAAACUAUGAAUGGCUUAGAAAAGGAUAUCCAGAACCAGUUGAGGAAGGCAGCCAAUGACCUCUGUCUGGAGGCAGGGAAAAGCAUAAAGCUGGAGUCUAAUGCACAGCUUGGCUUUUACUUCAGAGUGACAUUAAAGGAAGAGAAAGUGCUGCGAAAUAAUCGAAGCUACCAUAUGAUUGAUACAAACAAAGCAGGAGUGAGGUUUAGAAAUAAUGCCCUUCAGGACUUGAAUGAACAGCACAUGGCAUCAAAGGAAGAAUAUGCACAGCAGCAAAAAACAGUGGUUGAGGAAAUUAUGAAUAUUGCAGUUGGCUAUGUGGAGGUAAUGCAAAACUUGGGACAGGUGCUUGCUACAUUAGACUGCAUUUUUGCCCUUGCAACUGCAGCAGUAUCUGCCCCUAUUCCCUAUGUACGGCCCAAACUUUUGGAACAAGGAUCAGGUGUCAUAAAGUUACAGGAGAUCCGUCAUCCUUGCCUGGAGCUUCAGGAUGAUGUAUCAUUUAUACCAAAUGAUUGCACAUUUGACAAAGAUAAUGGAUUGUUCCAUAUAAUCACUGGACCCAACAUGGGAGGUAAAAGCACUUAUCUGCGCUCUGUGGGUGCUGCCGUCUUAAUGGCUCAGAUUGGGUCUUUUGUUGCUUGUCAGGAAGCAGAAAUAUCCAUCGUAGACAGUAUUCUAGCUCGGGUUGGUGCAGGGGAUUGUCAGCUUAAGGGUGUGUCAACAUUUAUGGCAGAGAUGCUCGAGACAGCAACUAUUUUAAGAUCUGCUAGCAACAAAUCACUGAUCAUCAUUGAUGAACUGGGACGUGGGACAUCAACUUAUGAUGGCUUUGGGCUAGCAUGGGCCAUAUCAGAGUAUAUUGCAAAGGAGAUUGCAGCAUUCUGCCUCUUUGCUACACAUUUCCAUGAGCUCACAGCAUUGGCAGACGAAGUGGACAGUGUUCAGAAUUACCAUGUGACAGCCACAACUGCACAUGGUGCUUUGACUCUUUUAUACCAG